AUGGACGGACCAAACCAGCAUUAUGGCAACCAAGCCCAAGACUUCCCUGACAACUACAACUUGACUGGAGCCAAUGAUACUGACAUUGACCCAUUGCUCAACAUGAGCUCGACGGGUGGCCCUGUGCCUUCAAUUGUCAGCAAUGCAAUGGAUACACAAUUCCUAGUGAGCUCUGCCAUGUGGAACCCAGCCUUGAACAACCCUAUCAACUUCUACCCUUCAAGCAUUUCAAGUCUGGCACCCAAAGCCUUGACCAACAGCCCCAGGCCUCCCACCGAGACACGAUCGUCCCCUAGGACGCCAUCUAGUGAACCGGUGUUUGGAUCAACACGCACCUCGAGCAAAUCUUCUAUCCCUUCUGUCGACUCUCAGGACCCUGAUGCCAAACCUCGGCGUAGCAGUAGAGGUGCCAAGACACAACGCCAACCAGCAACAGUCGAGCCUGUCGCCAAGCCACCGCGUCGACGGCGUGUUUCCAAAGAGCCAUCCCUCAAGGAGGAAGAUGAAGAAGAAGACGACGAUGAUCCCGGACCGGAGGGUUCCGAUAAGCGUAACAGGUUCCUCAAACGAAACAGGAUCGCUGCGUCCAAGUGUCGCCAAAAGAAGAAGGAAUGGGUCAGCAACCUCGAAGACACACGUUACAACUUGGAACAUGAAAACAAUACCCUGCACAAGCAGUACAAUGGUCUUGUGGACGAGUUGAGCACCAUAAAGAACCAACUCAUGGAGCACGCUUCUUGCAAUGAUGCCAACAUUAAUCAGUGGCUUGAUAAUGAGGCCAAAAGAUUUGUCCAGCGUAUUGCGGCACAGAACACAAUACAAGCUCCAGGGCAACCGUAUAGAAAUACAGGCGACUUCUGCGAUAACCUCCGUCGCAGCUCCAGUGUUGCCACUUCCGUACCACAAUCGAUAGAAUCGGAGAUGAAUUACAAUCAUAUAUCGGGUAGCACCAUUAAGCCACGACCACGAGGAUGA